AUGCAUGCAAUGGGCAUUCAUUCAGCGUUGGCUAUAAAACGCCAACGUAAACGUCGUGAUCAACAAAAGCGAGCUCGUGAACGUCGCUACUCUUUGCAGAGUACAGAAAGUGGUGAAACACAUUCAAUGGGUGGUUCAACCAGACGAAAACAUAGACACCAGUAUGGACACCAUAACAACGUCGAUUCUAAAGUGGUAACAAGUAUAGGAAUGCUUCACAUAGGCGUUGUCUUUGUAGUGUUUGGAAUUUUUCUUCUUGGCGCUGGCCUUAUUCCCGAUGAUGCGACAGCUCAGAAUGCGUGGAGUAUUUUUGCCAAAGAUAGUUGGUGGAACGAGCUUGUAUUGACAGGACUUUUUGCCGUUGGUCUUGGCAUAUUUUUGAUCAUUUUAAAUAGCGUCAUAAGUAAAAAAGAAGAUGACGAUUUGGAAGCUUACGUUCAGUCACAAUUGACACGAUCAAGAUCUGGUCAUCGUUUGGAGCGUGAUGUGGAAACUGGAGGCCUUCAAACACGUCAAACAAAACGCGAAGCUCAAAUUCGACGCGGAUAUGAAGAGCGUGGCUUAGACAACAUGUCACAUUCAAAUCUACCACUGACACCAACCAGCUCCGAUGUUCCAACACCAACGAUGUCAGCAUCAGCAUCCGCUGUAGUUGUGCUGAUGAGUAUCGUCAAAGCAGCAGCUU